UAUUUGUAGGAAAAGCAAUAAUAUGCAUGAGUACUUUUGUUUCCUUUUUUUGGGACGUGAUGGACAGGUCAGUUGCUCAUACCUUGCCUUGCGGCGAGCUUUUGACGCUCAGUGUGUUUGAAGCUUUGAGUGAGUGAUCGUUUGUUGCAGGAGGUGGUUUCUUAAUUAGUCAUCUUGUGAGAGAGAUGGUAUGCUUGCAGUGAAGGUUAAGAAAGUUUGUUCUGACACACAUAUAAGCUGGUUAAUUAAUGAAAGGGGAGCGUAGAACAUCUCCGUUGGAGGUUUUUAGAGAUGUUGUAAGAGAAAAAAAACAAAAAAAUAAAUGAAAAAUAAAACAAAACUAAAGAACCGGUGCUAAACAAAGGAGUUUUAGAAUAGCUAAAAACCCCAUAUGUGUCCUCUUAAUAUUGGUCGUCUCUCUCUGGUUUCUUUUUUGUCCCAAAAAUUUUGUCGUCGUUGCUCUCCUUCUCCAAAUCUGUCUAUGAAUUCACCUUGAAGGUUCAGAUUCUUUGAGGUUUUGUAUUGAUUUGAAGCUUGUGAAUCCCAUAGAGAGAGAGAGAGAGAGAGAGAGAGAGAGAGAGAGAGAGAGAGAGAGAGAGAGAGAGAGAGAGAGAGAGAGAGAGAGAGAGAGAGAGAGAAGAUCAUAGAAGAAGAAGAAAAAUCUUCCGAUCACUCUUCCUCCGACAAUCUCGCAGUCUUUGCCUUUGUGAUUGGAAUCGUGCUUCCUUCGCGAUUCCGAGCUUCAUAGUGAUUUUGAGCCUAUAAAACGAUGUGGACCAAUGUUUUCAGAAUUGUAAGUCUUCUGUUUGAUCGUAAAGCUCUUCUUCAUACUAAAAGCAUUCACUUUGAAGGAGAGGAGAAAGUUCUUGUCUUUUCCUUGUAAAAAGUAUUGAUUUUUGAUAAUCUACUACUUCCACGGGGGGGGGGGGGGGGUCUACACCAUGUUUCUUGGUUUCAGUCUCUUCCUAGUGAAGCUGAGCUCAAUCAUGCCUCUAAUACAAGUUCAAGAGCUGAGCAGAAUGAUGUUGCAACAUAUCUUGUGCUUUUCAUUUUUUGGACCUUGGGAUCCAUCUCAAGGUUUAUACAACCCUGAUGAAAAGAUUAAGCUUUGGCUUUUUCUUCCCUGGGUGUCAUUCAUCAAUCUCUGAUACAGCUCAGGCUUCUGUCUCAAAACUUAGAGACGCACGUUACAGAGCAAGAGCGAUUCUUGAGAAUCCAACAGACAAGACAAAGGUGCUUCUUAUUUACGCCAAUGUCACAUACAAUGACAUUCUCUUAAGGGAAGAAUUGGAGUCUUACAGCCAAUUAUCCAGAUCAAUUCAAAAUCUACUAUGUUUUGAACCAGCCUCCGGAGACAUGGGAUGGUGGUGUUGGAUUUGUGUCAAAGGAUAUGAUCCAGGCUCAUUGCCCUGCACCUGCAUCCGAUAUUCAGGUAAUCCCCUAUCCUCUGUUCUUCUUGAUCUUGAACAUACCUGAUCAUCACUUCUUCUAAAUCUCUAAUGCAUUAUUGUCAAUGUUUGAAGCAAAACUAAGAACACUUCAAGUUAAUAAAUAUUUGACAAGUUAAUAAAUAUUUCAAUGGUGUUUAAAAUUCUUCUAAAUCUCUAAUGCAUUACUUUAAUUUGUUUCUUUCAUGUUUGUUUAAAAUUUCUAAUUAUAAAUUUUUAUUUCUAUUUUUCAUUUGUUUUUAUGUCAUAUUUGUUUAAAUGUUAUGAAAUCCAAUAAUUUAUAAGUUUUGUAAUAUUUAAAUUUAAUAAUUCAGUUUCUAAAAAAAAAAUUUGAGAACCUCAUAGGGGUUCUCCCAUUGGACCUUCA